UGUAAUGGAUCCUUAGGAAAGAGACAUGAGUUUUGUAAGAGACCAAUUCAACUAAAAGAUAUCAUUUCCAUCUUAGAAGAGAUAAUACAGUAUUUACCACCAGGGCAAAAAUACGCAAUAGGAAACUUUCUCAAUACAUCCAUGGAAGAAAUCCCUCAGCCGACAGUGUGCAUGGUGCAAAGAGGAGGAUCGCAUACAGAAUACGUCGCCUGUAAUAAUUCUUUUGAGAAUGGUUGCAGAGACUUGGAAAAGCCCUCUAAUCUCAAGACGAUUAUCUCCCUUACUCCUACAAGUGACAGCGGCUCUACAAUUUCUAACUAUGUAGAACACAGCAAUCGAAGUGUAAAAAGCAAUGGAAAUGCUUCUGAUCAUGAUUGUUCCUGGCACACAGUUUUGAAAGUAUACAAAUACCAUCUUCUUGCUUUGGGUGGAGUGUUAUCAACCCUCAUGAUUAUCAUCGACUUAACGUGCAUCUAUUGGUGUGUGAAAUACAAGGUUAAGAACAAACUUCAAUCAACGAGAAAGGGGGAAAUUCAAGAGAUCUCUUGCAGACCGAUCACAGAGGCAAUGGCACGAAUCUAUAGAAAUAUGAACUUCGAUGGAAAUUCAAAUUAUGAUCUGGUAUCAAAUAGGAAAAAUGCAACAAAAACUUAUAUAUUUUACAAAGAAAUUGACUCUGCACACUACGAUAAAGGAUUCUUUAGACUAAUUACUGAAAGUGGUAAUUAUGAUUCUGCUUGGUCCAAUAUCUGUUCCACUCAAGUAACCCAUGAUGUAGAGUAUGAUCUAGUACGCAACGUUGGCAAUCUGAAAGUCCCAGAAGAAGAGAUUUACAGCAAACAGAUACUUGACCCCGAAGACUUCAAUACGCAACCAGAAACAAGUGCAAAAGAAAAAUAAUCUGAUUAUCCAAACGUUCCUCCAUACAUCACACUUGUUCAAUUCAAAAAUAAAUCUGAAAGAACAAUAGCUAAUGUAUCCCUUUGUGAAGUGUCUAAUCAAGAUCAACUCCAAGACAGAGAAUCAAACAUGAACAAAAAUUGUAAAGCAGAAAUAAACACAAAGUAACACAGCCAGGAUGGGAAAAAUGAUAACUGCAAAUCAGAAAUUGUUGAAUAACAGAAGGGUAAAAAGGACGAAAUCAUGACGUCUUUAUAAGAUAGGAAAAGAACCGUUGUUUUUCGGUGGAAAACAAAACUGAAAAGAGCUGUAUAAACUUCUUUCUGCUUUUUUCAUCUAAAAAUACAAUGAAUACGUUAACGCAUUGUGAAACAAUGAGAUAUAUAUAUAUUAGUUUGAUUUUGUAUGAAUUCGAAUUUUGCUCUCAAUGAAUUUGUUAGCAUUUGUUUAUGUUAACAGUUUUGUGUUUUUUAGAAGAUCUUACCAAAUAGCAUCUCACAUCUGACGUUUAGAGGUUUGUGAUUGCUCUGUCUAAAAAAUUGUAUUGUUUA